UUUCAGGAAAAUAAAAUCACAAAAAUGAAAAAUAAAGUAAACCAAAAAGAGAAAAACGAAAAGAACAAUCAAAGAGAAGCUUAAUUACGUAAGUCUUGCAUAUCAAUCUAUAAAUACUUGUUCACCCACAGAGAUUGCAAUAAGGAAUUACACAUUAGAACAAACUUAAAUUACUUGACUAUAUAUUUUCUACCUUCAAAAAAUACUUAUAAUAUUAAUUAAGAUAUGAUGAAGACUUGUACUUUAUUCCUUUCGGCAAUUGUUUUAGCUUUGGCAACUCAUAUUGCUAGAGCAUACGACCCCAGCCCUCUUCAGGACUUUUGCGUAGCAAUCGAUGAUCCCAAAGAUAUGCUGUUCGUGAACGGGAGAUUCUGCAAGAACCCGGAGCUGGUGAAGGCAGAGGACUUCUUCUUCUCAGGAAUCAACAUUCCAGGCAACACUGACAACGCAGUCGGUUCCAACGUCACGGCCGUGCUCGUCGACAACCUACCCGGCCUUAACACACUAGGCAUAUCUCUUGCCCGUAUUGACUAUGCUCCGUACGGGCAGAACCCGCCUCACACUCACCCACGCGCCUCGGAAAUACUUUUCGUGGCGGAGGGAACACUGUACGUAGGUUUCGUUUCGUCGAACCAAGACGGGAACAGACUGUUCACGAAGGUUCUGAACAAGGGAGACGUGUUUGUGUUCCCCAUUGGAAUGAUUCACUUCCAGUUCAAUAUAGGAAAGACUCCAGCCUUAGCCUUUGCUGGAUUGGGAAGCCAGAAUCCGGGAGUGAUUACCAUUGCUAAUGCCGUGUUUGGUUCUGACCCACCAAUCAACCCUGAUGUUCUCGCUAAGGCCUUCAUGCUAGAGAAGAAUGUGGUUGAGUUUCUUCAGAAGCGGUUUGGGGCUUGAUCAUAUGAAUAAUCUAUGAUGAGGAUCGAUGUCGAUCAUUUUAAAUAAUUCCUUUGUCUAGCUCCGUGGUGAACAUACAUAGUUUCAUGUACGUAGCUACGUCGGCAAAAAUUAAUCAAAUAAAAGUUUAUAAUAUAUUAUUGAAUUAAGAAUGACUAUAGAGCACCUGUGGUCAAAGGUGUAACAAAAUAUUAACUUUUACAUGUUUUUAAUAUAAAAUAAGAAAUUGCCAAAA